AGUCUCUGAUUGGACGAUAGAAGAUGAACUUUGUCAUGUCAGUCAGUUAUUCAGUCUGAGCUUCCACAGCUGCUGACAGGAACCUGAUCUCAGAGACUCUCAGCAGGCGACUGUCAGGAUGUUCUAACUCCUCAGAGUUUCCGAACAUCAAGCUCCGUUCAGCAUCUUCCUCUGUCAGAACCUCCAUCCCCUGCAGGCACCACAGCGCCCCCUGCAGCCAUGGAUAGCACCCCGAGGAGAUGGGUGCUGAAGCCUCUGUCGCCCCUGCUGCAACCCUCAGACCUGCGCACCAUCGCUGGCCCCAACCCAGAUGAUCAAGUCUUCAGCUCUGACAGCAUCUCUGUCGGGCACAGUCAUUCCUCAGUGGUCGUCUCCUCACAGCAAGGCGACGGAUCCAAGGAUGUGGUGGUUAAGGUCCAGCAGGUUGCAGUGUCACAGGAUGGAGGGAGCACCAGUGACGAGUGGCAUCCGAGCAGUCCCAGCAACCCCAGCAGUCCCAGCAGCAGCACGGGCUCUCACUGUGGUUUCUACUCCUUUGUGGAGGACCCAACUAGUCCUGAGGCCGAGCUGAAUGAAGCUUGGAUGGUCUCACCACAAAGGCAGACUCAGCUGGAAACCCUGAAGGAGGAGAGAGGAUUCAAACUACAGACCUACAGCAGCAGCAAAAAGCCACAGAGUCUGUUCUCAGACAGCAAUGGAGACUCACAGUACAAAGUGGAUCUGAACAAUGGUGUCAUAGUGGUUCACAAGGAAGAGGAGAAGCAGCUUCGAGAGGAGAUCAUUCGCAGCCAAGCACCGAAGAAGAAACCAGCAUUCAAAGAUCAGCUGAAUAUGUUGGAGAAUCUGGAUCUGAACAAAUCUACAAACAGUUUGACCGAAGGUUUCAGUGUGAGCUACAGUCCUGUCAGGUCCAGACCAGAACCUCCCCAGCCUGCUGAGCCUGGGACCAUUGACAACGAGCAGAUCAACUUCAGCACUGUGCGGCAACAGUUCCUGAAGAUGGAGCAGGACCAGCUGACUGCACUCCUCAGCCCUCUGAGGUCCUCAAAAACACAUCUGAACACGUCUCUGCAGCCAAAUCCUGAUGUGUCCUCAUCAAAGCAGGUGGAGACAGACAGUGUGGAGGUGAGUGAGGACACAGCCCAGUUUAAACCAUCAGAGGAAAAUGAGACGCAUCGGGAGAGGAAGGUGACAGUGUACCGGACCGAGGACAGUCUCAGUCGGCAGAGCAGUGUGUUUGAGGACCUGGACUCUGGUCUGGAAGAACUAUCUGUGGAGGUGGGUGGUGGCUAUACCAGUGACGAAGGCAUGUUAAGUGACAACACUCAAGAGAGCAGAAGCAGCAAGUCCACAAGCAACUAUGAGACCCCGAUUGAAAGGGAGAUCCGGUUAGCUCAGGAACGUGAGGAGAACCUCCGACGCUCUCGAGGACUGAAGCACAGUGACAACAGAGCAGAGAUGGUGGAGAUCAAAACCAAACGUCUACAGUUGCCGCUAACGCCUCUCAAAGCCAAAGAGAAGAGCCGAGUGAGCUUCAUCAUCAAGCGGGAAAUACAAAAACGGAGCCAGAGGGGGGAAGAGCCUCAGCAGCAGGGACGGAUCCUGGGAGGAUACGGUCUAGAUCCUCCACAGGAGCUGGAGGACGUAACCAAGGAGUUUAAUCAACAAGAUGAGGACAAGAGGACAGAACAAAGACCUCAGUCUGAGUCUGGAGACGCCGAAGUCUUCCCGUCACCUUGCUGUCCUCAUCGACACCCUGAAGAAACCCAGUUGUAUAUCAGUCAAAUGAAUUCAGCUCCAUCUUCCUUCUCAGUGAGGGACUCUGAGAUCCAGGACACAGGAGGUUUCCGGCAAGAUCGAAUGACUUCUUCAUCUUCCCACUUCUCCUCUUCUCCACCCUCCACAGCACCAACACCUGUGCGUGACACAACCUCAACAUGGCCUCGGUCCUGGAGGGAUAGCAUGGAGUCUACCGGCCUGCAGUCCAGAGGACAAGGAACUCCAGAUUUCAUUGAGAAGGAGAUCGAGGAGGCUCUGAGACGGGAGGAGGAGCUGCGGGAGCUGAGGGCAUCCAGGGAGGAAACUGAUGGACAGCUCUUCUCUCCGACUCCUCUGGUGGAACAGGCAACCAAGAUGGCCAUUAGUCAGUUCUACCCACCUGUGAUCACAGAGAAGACCAGCGUUUCCUCUCCAUCUUCUCGGCCCUUCACCCGUCUGCCCUCCAUCUCCUUCGUCACCGCUCAGCCCUGGAGCUCCUCACCUCUUCCUCCUUCCUCUUCCUCCUCUCGCCCUGUCUCCUCCUCCACCCUCACAUCCUCCUCCUCCCCCACAGUGGUCCAGCCAGCACCCCCUGCUCUCAGAGGUCUGACAGAGACUCUGCUGCAGGACUUUGAGCAGAGACGAAGCCAGCUGAAACUGGAGGAGAGCUCAUACGCAGGAAUCCUGCCGGUCGACGACGUGAAUAAUGAGGUAGUUGAGUCCACUCGUGUAAUUCGACAUAAAAACAAACUUGCUCUGCGCUGGGAGGCUGGAGUGUUCUCCAACCAGGAGGCUCAGUGAGACCAGAUCCAGGACCACGAUGUGCAUGGGACAAUGGUGGGAGCGAGGACAUGACGUCUCCUCUGGUUCUUCCUGUUUGUUCAGUAGGAGCAUCUCUUCGCUUACGGGACUUUUCACUGAUUUUCUCCUUCAGCUGAGGUUACAAUGGUUUUAUACUGGAGCACUCCAAAGAACGUACUGCCCCUGAUUGGUCAGUUAAGAUGACAGAACCCCUCUUCGACCAAUCAGCUGCCAGCUGCUGAGUAGAGCCUCCAACAGAAACAAGAAAUGCAGAAAUAAAUGAGAGAUAAAGUGAGUGAAAAAGAGCAGCAAUCUGUCUGUUUUCAUUUAAUCACCUGACGCAGCAGAACAGGAAGUUUCUGAUUGUUUUCAUGAUUUCAUACUGACGCUUCUCAAAUUAACACAAGAAGAAUAAAAAUUAUUUUUCAAACUGUCAGCUCUCAGACUGUUAAGAUGUCACAAUAAGAGACCCGGGCGGGGGAGGGGCGGUGAAAAUGGACCAGAGCUCUAACCUCUGUCAAUAACAAGGAAAUGUUAAAUUCACACU